UUGGUUAACCAUUACUUUAAUGAUGAUUCAAUUUUAUCAGUCUUUUUAUGCCCAAGCAUACUUUCCAGAUAUAUACGAUGGUUUGAAGACAUCAGCUUGAAAGGUCCGGUUUUCAUCUGUUCGACGGUGUCUGCAGUCACGAGCAAAGGAGUGACAGAUUUUAUGCAGCAGUACAAACUAGGUAAUCUACCCGACCGUGAAUUGGAUUUUUCGUCUGGCAGUAUACUGGGUCGAGCGUAUGUUAAUGAAUGUCUCACUUAUAAAGAUUUUGUCACCGAGUACAAUGUUCCUGUGUGUGGAGAUGGUGACUUCGUUUUGAUAUUCUCAACCUAUGAAUCACUUACUAUUCCUGUGCCGUAUAUUCCGUCUGCACCUUUCUUCCAGCUGGAAAAGGAAAUACUCCACGUUUUGGGAAAUGUGUUUGGAUCGUAA